AUGCCCAGCCUUUUCCGCAUAAUUUGCGACAAGAGCAAGGAUAGCAACCUCCGCGCAGACUGCUUGUGGAUAGUAAAGGAGCUGGCCUGCUCAGUCUGGCAAAUGCUCGUUGCCAACGCAGUGCAGAGUGCUCAGGUGUUGCAGACUUGCUUGGAGGAUCCUGCUGAUCCGGUUCGUGCAGAGGCAGCUGCACUCGUCACUGCACUCGUGGACAACAUCGAGAGAAGAGAGGACCGCAAGCCAUUCCAGCCUCUCAUACCCGAGGUAAGCCGGGUUACAGCACAGUUGGCAUCAAGUAGCGAUUCGAAGCACUUGAACACGGUUCUGCUAUCCUUCCAAGCUACAGAAGCUGCAGACUUUUUCAAACAGCAUAUCGCUUCGCAUUUGAUGCCUGUGCUCUGUGGAAUUGCCAAGUCACAUCAAGAUGAAUCCUCACGAAAGUACGCCUUCGAGGUCAUACUUUCUUUUAUGGAGAGCAAGCCGAAGACAAUGGUCAAAGUCCCACACUUUGUCGAUCAGGCGUUGGAUCUCUGUAUCCACUUCAUGUUGCAGCUUUCUGACGAUGUGGCAACCUGGAUGCGGGAGGAUGAUGAAGCUGGUGAAGAUGAUGAAGAGGCCUACACUUUCGGCAAAGAAGCGGUUGAUCGACUCAGCCGUUGUGCGGCGAAGGUUGAGCAAUUCCUGCCUAUGCUUGAGGCCUUGAAGCAGGCUGUGACCAAGCUGUUUCAGACCGGCGACUGGAAGCAGGUAGUUGCGGGUAUCUCGAUUCUGUCCAUGAUUGCUGAAUAUGUGGAUGACGAGGCCACAGUUGCGCAAAUGAUGCAGGGCCUCAAGAUGCAGUUGUCUGCAACCCAUGCGCGGGUUCGCUACGCUGCGUGGGGAGCAGUCGCGCAGUUUUCAGAGGAUCAUUCUGACGUGCUCAGUUCAGAGGUCUGGGCAUCGCAGCUCCUACCGGAGUUCUUGAAAGGUCUUGACGAUUCCUGCGAAAGGGUUUGCCUUCGCAGCAUGGAGGCCUUUCAGCAUUUUGGGGAAUCUGUUGAACGUGAGGACUUGGAGCCCUUUGUGCAACCUUUGAUGGAGAAGCUUGGUGCGAAGAUGCAAGGAAGCGCGAAAAGGCAGAAGAAGGCAAUCACGUUCAUUGCCGUCAUUGCCGGACAGGCGGACGAUGCCUUUGCACCAUACUACGGGCAUCUCAUGCCGUUGCUAAAGCAGGUGAUCCAGAGUACCCUGCACAAGACGGAGGAGCGUCAGCUUCUUGGUAAAUGCUUCGAAUGCAUUUCCCUGCUGGCAAGAGCAGUGGGGCGCAGUGGAUUCCGUGCAGAUGCUGAACAGAUCAUGCAGGCCAUGAUCCAGGCAACCCAGAUGCCGAACUUGCCGGCCAAUGAUCCUGUCAAGGAGUACAUGAUGGCUGCAUCAGAAAGAAUAUGUGCAACGCUGAAAGACGACUUUCUGCCCUUCGUGCCGCACAUACUGCCUGGAGUGCUGGAAAAGUUUACUCUAGCACCCAGGGAGAUCGGCGGCCACGAUGAAAUCGAUGAGAACGAUGAGGUGAAUCUGACUCUGGUGAAUGAUAACGGUCAGGUCAAGGUUAUGAUCAUGUAUUCCUCCGAGAUCCAGGAUCUGAAGGCAGCACUGGAGUGCGUGCAUGAGUUUGUGGAAACCCUGGCAGCCUUGUACGCUCCGUUUGUUGCGGAGACUGCCAAGGCUUUGCUUCCAGUUUUCGACUUCUGCAUGGAAGAUGGCAUCAGGGAUUUGGCCUUCGAGACGUGGGGCCAGCUAUGUCGCAGCGCGCGACAGGGUGGUCAGGUUCAAGUGGUAACUGAGCUCGUCAUGGAGUUCCUCAAGCGCGUGCUUCCAAAGUUUGAAGCUGAGAAGGUGGAGUUUGCCGAGCUCAAGACGUGUGCAGACGGGAUGACAACAUGUCUGAAGGAAGCUGGUCCUGGAAUCCUCCAAGCUGAACAGCUGCGCCACAUCUGCCGCACAACCUUGACUGCCCUCGCCGAGUCGCUGACGCGAAGAUCUGAGGCUGCCAAGGGGCGGCCAGGAGGGACGCAGCAAGAUGAGGAUGGAGAGGAUCAAGAUGCAGAUGAGGACGAAGACGAGCAGAACCUUCGAAUAGCGAUGUGUGAAGUGGCCGGACCGCUGAUGCAGCACCACGCUGACAUGUUCAUAGCUGGAAGCUUUUCUGACUACUUGACGCUCGUCGUUCAGUGGCUACAGCCGACUUCUUCCAAAGAGGACCGGAAGCUAGCUUUGUUUGUCAUUUGCGACUUUGUUGAGCACCUGGGUGACAAGGUCUCCGCCCACUGGCCGCAGUUCGUGCCAAAGCUUGUUGAGGACAUCCUGCACCCAGAUGCAGAACUGCGUCAACCUGCGUGCUAUGGUGUGUACCUCGCGGCGAGGCUGCAGGCUUUCUCUCCUCUGGCCCUAGACGCUGCGAACAAGCUGUCACAGGUGGUAGCGCAAUCAAGACAAAGAUCGAAGAAGAAGUCUGAAAAGAUUGCGCAGGCCUGCGCAGACAAUGCGCUUUCUGCCCUUAUCGAGAUUCUCCUAGUCCAUCAUCAAGCAGUGGCCUCUGUUCAGGCGCAAGUUUGGAAUGUCUGGCUGAGUGGCCUGCCGUGUCAAGAAGAUGAGAGCGAGGGCAUUCGAAAUCAUCGCACGUUGUUAAGGCUCAUCAACGAGGAGAAACCUGAAGUUGUUGGCGAAGGAGGUGCAAACGUGCCAAAGCUCUUCGGGAUCCUUGUAGACGUAUACAAGACCGACAUGGCAGAUGAGUUGACAUCCCGUGGCAUUGGACAGUUUGCGCUUCGGCUGGGCGAGUCAAAGCUGGAGAGCUUUGCUGCUCAAUUUAGUGAGAAGCAGAAGAAGAAACUUCUUAGAAUAGUUCGGGAGGCACAGGCAGAAGCAAGUAAAGCUUGA